CCAUUACCGGCAUGUCUUCUGUUGUGUUGCCGGGCAGCUGCUAAGUACAAUAUAUUACUCCUUUUGAAGUAAUUGCAACUUACAGUGUACAUAUAUAGUGCAUAAUGUGUAGUAGUAAUAAGUGCCGGUUAGCUUCAGUUUGAGUUUGGUUAGCGGCAAAGAUGAACGGUCGGAUUAAUUGAUUGCUGUGGUGACUAAGUUAUAGGCCAUUGGAGAUUUCCAUUCCAUUCAUGGAUGUCUCAUUCAAAAAAUAAAAACAUAAAAAAAUACCAUGGAUCCAAAGAAAAUAAAGUUAAUAAAGAAAACAAAAGAAAACAAUCCAACUCGUGUGCAACAAAUAAACCCUCAUCACGCAUGGCAUAUCUGCCUUGCACCAUGAUGUAAAUGUAGCAUCCAUUAGCAUCAAUAUCCUUCUCGCAUCAUUCACCAUGUCGCACUCAUCAAACACGUCGAAAUCAACCCUAUCGAGGGCUGCCGAGCCCAAAUAUAGCAAGGCAUUUGAUUCCUGGAACUCGUCUUCCACCGGUCAUCAGCGUGCCGAAAAUCAUCUCGGGAGAAGCACAGGAUGGCGCCAGUCUCGGAACAUGAAGCUGGCGAGCCAGUUCAAGGGGGGUUUGAGUGGUGGCCAGCGAGUAUCAGACACCGUGGGCGCCGGGUCCAAAGACUGGGAUCCUAAGAUGAAGGCUCUCGUUACACCCGAGGUGCGAUCACGCGCCAAAUGCUCCGUCAUGGACAUGUUGGCGAAGCCGGGCAUUAUGAAGGCGAGCAGAUCCUCCUCCCCCAACGUUUCAGCGCCCGGAGAUCAGGGCCGCUUGACUUCCGAGGAGAAGCUGAUGGCGCAGCGCAAGGCGGAGGACGAGAUGCAAGAGGCAGAGAGGGCCCAGCCCAGGAAAAUAUUAGAGGGUGUCGUGGUAUACGUCAAUGGCAGCACUCACCCCUUAAUAUCAGACCACAAGCUCAAGCAUACGCUGGCAGAGCACGGCGCGAGGACCUCUAUCCAUCUAGGAAGACGGCAGGUAACCCAUGUAAUCCUAGGCAGACCGGCCAGUGGAUUUGGAGGGGCUGGCGGAGGUCUGGCCGGAGGGAAGUUGCAAAAGGAGAUCCAAAAAGUUCGCGGUUGCGGGGUGAAGUUCGUGGGCGUCGAGUGGAUCCUCGAGAGUAUCAAGGCAGGCAAACGGCUUCCGGAGGCGAGAUUCAGCAACCUAAAAGUCGCCCACAAAGGCCAGCAGAGCGUAUACGGGUUAUACUCGAAUACCAAGGAAGUCUUGAAGCGAGACGAGCCUCAUCCACCACCCUCUGGCAGGCAAGUCUGAAGUUAUUCGGGAUUCACGAGCCGACGAUGCUUGCACACGGCACGAUUUUAACGGGUUGCAUUCGGAGGCUCCGGCACAGCAUUGCGUUACAAAAAGAUACAGAGUACAUGGGGUUUGGUUACUUCGCAUAGCACAUCG